UGCGCUCGGAGCAUCAUGGCCGCGGCCGCGUGGAUGCCUACGGUCUCUCGAUUGCUAGGUGCUUUCAAAAACCAAAAACAGGUGACCAGAAGUUUUGGUAGUGCUGUGCAAACAGUAACUUUAAUCCCAGGAGAUGGGAUAGGACCUGAGAUUUCUGCUGCUGUCAUGAAGAUCUUUGAUGCUGCUAAAGCUCCUAUUCAGUGGGAAGAAAGGAAUGUCACGGCUAUCCAAGGACCAGGAGGAAAGUGGAUGAUACCUCCAGAUGCCAAAGAAUCUAUGGAUAAAAACAAAAUGGGAUUAAAAGGGCCUUUAAAAACCCCAAUUGCUGCAGGGCACCCAUCAAUGAACCUGCUCCUGCGCAAAACCUUCGACCUGUAUGCGAAUGUCCGCCCCUGCGUCUCAAUCGAAGGCUACAAAACCCCGUACACAGAUGUAAACAUUGUCACAAUUCGGGAGAACACGGAAGGCGAAUACAGUGGAAUUGAGCACGUGAUCGUGGAUGGUGUGGUGCAAAGUAUCAAGCUAAUCACAGAAGAAGCAAGCAAGCGUAUUGCCGAGUUCGCUUUUGAAUAUGCCCGCAAUAAUCAGAGAAGUCACGUUACUGCCGUGCACAAGGCAAAUAUUAUGAGAAUGUCUGAUGGGCUGUUCUUGCGAAAAUGUCGUGAGGCAGCAGAAAACUGUAAAGAUAUCAAAUUUAAUGAAAUGUAUCUGGAUACUGUGUGUUUGAACAUGGUUCAGGAUCCAUCACAAUUUGAUGUGCUUGUUAUGCCAAAUUUGUACGGUGACAUCCUCAGUGACUUAUGUGCUGGUCUCAUUGGGGGUCUCGGAGUGACACCAAGUGGAAAUAUUGGUGCUAAUGGAGUUGCAAUUUUUGAAUCGGUUCAUGGAACUGCUCCAGACAUUGCAGGAAAGGACCUGGCAAAUCCAACUGCUCUUCUUCUAAGUGCUGUAAUGAUGUUGCGUCACAUGGGACUGCACCAACAUGCCACAAAAAUUGAAACAGCUUGCUUUGAUACCAUCAAAGAUGGAAAGGUGUUGACAAAAGACUUGGGAGGCAACGCCAAGUGUUCGGAAUUCACAGAGGAGAUCUGCCGCAGAGUACAGGACAAAGACUAAACUUUGCUCAUGCUACUUGUAGUAACUCCUAAAGGAUACAUCACACAGAGUACACUAUAUGUAACCUGAUGUCCAUAUACAUAGUUUACCUCUUCAGAGAGUAAACUUUUUAGUUAGGGCCUCUCCAUUAAUAAAUGUGGCCCAAAGGCUACAAAUGCUGCUUGUGCCUGCUUUCAGUGGACUUUUCUAAGUGCUUUGUCGUAUUUAUUUGUUUUGAUCUGAUGACUUUUUUCUUUUUUUUUUAAUGUCUAGGUGAAUUAUUUUAUUGUUACUGUCUACCAUUUUGCUUUACCGUUAUAAAUGGAUUUUACUUUCGAGGAAGAAAAAAUGUGCAAAUAUAAUAACAGAAUUGGUGAAUUGUAACGGCACCUUAAUGCUUAAAACCUAUUUUAUUGGUCUCUCUGAAAUGUAAAAGAUAGG